AUGCGACGUCUCAUACUGUAUCGUCGGGAAUUGUGUGGACGUGAAGCAUGUGUCUCCUUGCGGCGAUUUUUGCGCAGAAGAGGAACACCCAAGAAGGAAGAGACUGAAUCCGUUGAUUUGGUGGAUGUUCCUUCUCUGCGUGUUGGGGGCAUGAUGGCGGCACCUGAGACUUCUUUAGAUGAUAUCCGCACAGAAAUCCUUCGUAUGCGUUCAGAGCAUGUGAGACGCGAAGAGAAGCUAAGUGAGAACGUGGCUUCUUCAGUCAAGGAAGGGUCGACUAUGAACGAUGCCUGGAACGAUGAUAUCGAGAAGCUCCGUUCCAAGGAAGUGUAUGUUAAGGGGCAUGAUGUCCUUGAGCGUGUUAAGGCGAAGGAUCGUGCAGUUCGAAAGCAACUUUUCCUAGAUGCCGAAGAAGUCCUGAGAAAAUCGAAUAAAGAAGACACGCUUCGGUAUCUGCAGUUGGUGUAUGGGCGUAUUGGAUCAUACCAUCGUGAAGAAGUGAUGGAAAGCGUAAAGGCAUUGGUACAGUUAGUUGAAAAGGAGACACAAAAAAUAAAAGGGAGAAUCCAAGAGAAUCUUAUAGACAGGGACCCCUUGGCGGAAUUGGAUGCCGCCAUCUCCUCCGACGAAGUAAAACAGAUGGCGUGGGUAAAUGCGUUGACAAAUAUGUCGGAUGAAGAUUUAAAAAAGCUGUGGAAAUGGGGCAUACUUGAUUUUGACACGAUCGAAUCGCUGGCUUGUAUGGACAUGGAUAAAGAAAA